AUGGCUUCUGACGAAGAAAACGGAUACGAACGUACUCCUCUCCUCCACCAAGCCCGACUAUCCCAUCUUCAACACGAACAAGAUGAAGAAGCUUCCUCAAUCAUCGCGUCCACGGUAACCAAAGAAGAACAGCAGUUGGCAGAAAGUCCAGUUGGAGAACGAUUGCCAUACAAUGAUUACACCACCAUUGACUGGCUACACGAUUUGGUCAAAGACUCCUACCGCUACCGCGCCCUCUACUCCCAUCCUGGUCUGCGCUACAAACUGCUCACACUCCUCGACGCCAGUUCAGGCUGGCUCGCCGUAGUAGUCAUCGGCGCAUUGACAGCAUGUAUCGCCUUCCUCGUUGACAUUGCUGUCGUGACUGUUUCGGACUGGAAAACCGGGUAUUGCUCUGGCCAUUUCUUGCGGAACAGAGAAAACUGCUGUAUUGCUGCUGAGAAGAGCCCGUCGCCGUUUUUGAUGAAAGAGAAGGGGGAAGAAUGUGCAGAUUGGAAAGUCUGGAGCAAAGACUACAAGAGCAGUUUUGCAAUCUACGUAGCCAUGGCGAUGGCAUUCGGUAUCAUAAGUUCGAGCCUAACCAUGUUAACUCGGUCUACCCUCCCAUCCACCUCAUCCUCCAACUCCACCACGAAGAACGCAAGCAACGGCCACACCACCACCACCUCUUCCCCGCCCUCAGACAACCCACCCACCACGCCAACCGUCCAAGGCAAAGUAAUGUACCUAGCCUCCGGCUCCGGCAUCCCCGAAAUAAAAACCAUCCUCUCCGGCUUCUCCAUCCCCUCCUUCCUCUCCCUGCCCGUCCUCCUCGUAAAAUCCCUCGGCGCAAUCUUCGCCGUAUCCUCAUCGCUCUGUCUAGGAAAAGAAGGCCCCUUUGUCCACAUCUCCACCUGCAUCGGCCACCUAGUCGGACGUCUAAUUCCUAAAUACGCAUCCAAUGGCCGCAAGAUGCGAGAGCUGCUCAGCGCGGCGUGCUCAGCGGGACUGUCAGUAGCGUUCGGUGCGCCGAUCGGAGGCGUGCUGUUCAGUUACGAGGAGAUUAGCACGUACUUUCCUAGGAAAGUGCUGUGGAGGGCUUUUCUGUGUAGUCUUACUGCGGCGAUGGUGCUCAAGGAACUCAAUCCGACCGGCACGGGGAAACUGGUGCUUUUUGAAUCGCAAUUCGGUGACGAAUACCAAGUCAUCCAUUACUUCGUUUUCGUCCUCUUGGGCGUAGCGGGCGGUAUCUUCGGCGGCCUGUUUUGCAAGUUCAAUUUCCUGUGGUCGAAGUGGUUUAGGGCUUUUGGCGUUAUCAAGAGGAAUCCUGUGUUGGAGGUUGCGUUGGUGGUGCUGGCGACGGCGUUGGUUCAGUAUCCUAAUCCGUUGACAAGGGAGCCGGGGGAUGUUAUUAUUAAGAAUUUGUUGGUGGAUUGUGGGGAAGAUACGUCGAGCGCGUCUUGGGUUUGUCGGAAUGAGAGGGUUGCUAGGGAAAGGGGGACGACGAAUUGGGAGUAUGUGGGUUGGUUGACGUAUGGGACGUUGGCGAAACUUGUUCUUACUACUAUUACGUUUGGGAUCAAGGUUCCGUCUGGGGUUAUCAUUCCAGCGCUGGAUGCGGGUGCUUUCUUUGGGAGGCUGGUGGGUCAGGCCAUUGGUUCGAUCAGUCCUGGCAUCUUCGCCAUGAUGUUCGAACUCACAGGCCAGCUCUCCUACACCGUCCCGUCUAUGCUCGCCAUCCUAACCGCAAAAUGGGUCGCCGACGCAAUCUCGUCAGAAGGCGUCUACGACCUCGCUCAAUCACUCCUCUCUCACCCUUUCCUCGACCCAGACACCGCUCUAUCCAUCGUCCGCCGCCACAAAGCCUGCGUCGAGGUGCUCAUACCCCCUCAACGCACCAUGGAUGACAUUACCGUUCACGUACCUACGAGCAAUAAAGUGGCUUUGACUCUGCUGAAAGAGAAGCUUGAUGCGUUGAGAGAACGGGGUCUCAUGGACGCGGGUCUGGUUCUAGUACAGAAGAAUGGUGGCGGCGUUGAAGUGCUGCAGGGCUAUAUAUCGCAGUCGGAGCUUGAUUUUGGAUUGACGAAACUCGUUCCUGGUGUGCUUGUGUCGACGCAGGAAGACGAUAUUCAGGUCAGGUUGCUGGGCCAGGAGAUUGAUGAGCCGACGAGCCCAAUGAGCUUGGAGAUGGAUUUGACGCCCUUUGUGGAUCGGACGCCACUGAGCAUCUGUGCGAAAGCGCCUCUGGAAUAUGCUGUGGAGAUGUUCUCCAGGUUGGGUCUGAGAUAUCUCAUGGUAACUAAAGAGGGCACAGGACAACUCGUGGGUGUGAUUAUCAAGAAGAGACUCGUAGGUUACCUAGAACACCUGAGAGAACAUGGCGAAGGAGAUUAG